AGAGGGACUGACAGGUACCUGACAGGAGACUGCAAUAGAGAGAGGGCUCCCCUUACGGCUAAGUGCAGUGCGCCCCUGGAUCCAGCUGGGGUCAUACACAGAGCAGCAGCAGACAGGAACAAGGCUUUUUUGGGUGUGGUUUUGAGAUGUGCUUGGAGAUGCCUGAUAAGCUGGAACCUGUGGAUGCUCCGGUUGCAGGAGGAGUUUCUCCAGAGGAAACAUGGAUCCUGGAAGAUGGGUAGAGUGGUCAGUAGCCAGAGCCAGGAUCAAUAUGGAACAGCAGACAAGAGAAACAUCAGGAUCAUGCCAGGGUCAUACACAGAGCAG